GGAACGCCGAAGGGCAGUCGCAAAAGAAAAUUUUCCAAUUUCACCGGUUUUAUAAAAAAAAAAAAAGAUCCCCCCCAUCUGUCUGUCUCUGUUUCUCUCUACCAACCGGGAAUCCUCACGAAUUCGAAGUUUCGAACUCCCUGAUCCUUAUAAUCCCUCGCCAAACCCCCCUACCCAUCUAUGGAUGCCAAGAAAGAGUUCAAACCCCAUGAAGAAGGAGAGAGGAAAAUCCCGGUGUUCACAGUCCUAAAGAAUGGUGCCAUACUCAAGAACAUCUUUAUCGUCAACAAUCCAGCACCGUCGUCACUAUCUUCUGUUUCCCAGAACCCAGAUCAAGAAUACGAAGAAAUCUUGACAGUAGGACGACACCCCAAUUGCAACAUUAUGUUAACUCAUCCCAGCAUCAGCAGAUUCCACCUUCAAAUCCACUCAGAAGCCUGUAAGCAACGGCUCUCUGUCAUGGACUUAUCGUCCGUGCAUGGGACCUGGGUCUCGGAGAAGAAGGUGGAGCCGGGGGAAUGCGUGGAGCUAAUGGAGGGUGAUACAGUGAGGCUAGGUGGCUCCAGCAGACUCUAUAGGCUGCAUUGGAUUCCUAUGAGCCGCGCGUAUGAUUUGGAAAAUCCAUUUGUGCCACCCGAGUUGCAUGUGUCCAUGACUAAGGAGAAAGAAGAGGAAACUUAUCAGGAUGAGAAACCUUUAUCGAUUGGAAAUGAAAAUAUUGAAGAAAAAGAUUCAUUGGUAGUGCAAGGAAAAGAGGAAGAGAAAUAUCAGGAUAAUAACUGGUUUUCAGUUGACAAUAGAGACAUUCACUCGCUCGAUCCAAUUUUGGACGAUCUAGAUUCUUUAUUUUCUGGUGUAAACUUGGAAUGGAUUGGGAACAGGGAAAUACCAUCAGCUCCCCCUUUGCCUGAAUUCUUGAUAAGUGAGGAAAAGGAAGUUGAUGAGAACCCAUCAAGAAUUGUUGGUGAACCGAGGGAUAUCUUGAGCCCCUGUUCUGGGCACUUUGGACCAGGAUCUGGGUUGGGAGACUUGUCUCUGCCUGUUGGAGGAGUCAUACUGGGGACUGAAGGUCAGCAAUUAGAGAAAGAAAACUGGAGCCCAAAACGUCACUCUGUCAAUGAUGUGUUAUUUGAAAUAGAAAAUCUGGAGAGCCCCUCAAGAAGGUCAGAGCAGGAGUUUAAGCCUUUGGAAAACAUAGGUUCCUCAGUUUUUGUUCAGGAGGGAGAAGCAACGAAUUGGGUGGAUGCUUCAAGACUAAUGUCAAAAAAUUUCAUCAUGGAGAACUCGUCAUUGUCAGUUGAGAAAUUUCCUGAAAAGACUAUCAAUCAACAAGUAAAUGAAGAAAACCAGGACCCACAGCCUCUCUUGGCUUUACUAUCACUACCCAAUGGAGGAAAUAAGGAUAACUUCACAGCAGAACAAACAAUUAACUUGCUGGUGAGCCCGGACUCUGCAAGUUGUGAUGAAGAGAACCACUUGGUAGCUCAAUUGCUCGAAGAAACUGAACACGUGAGUGUAUCAAGGAAAGACCAUGGCAUGAGGGAAAUCUCAAGCCUUCAUUCUGUACCUAUUGCGACAAAAUACAUGGACUCAUCUUUGGUUCCUGGGGAGGGUACUGUUACAGUUCUCUCAGAGAGUACAGAAAAAGAAAAAAUGCAGACUGUAUUUGCUGCAGCAGGACUAUCUGAAGCAAAACUCUCAGAAAGCUCCUCAAUUGGAUUGGAAAAACAAUGCAGUAUUUGGUCAAGAAGAGGUAAACCUGCUAGUGUUAAGAUCCAAACAGGUGCAGGUAAGAGUAGAGGUAAGAACGUCAAGGCUGGUAUUGAUGAUGAAGUUGAAUCAUAUAGUCAGGAGGAUAUAGAAAAUAACUCUCUUUCAAAGGCUCCUUUUACUGGUUUACUUGAGCAGGAAGAAAUCUAUACCCCCGAGAAGGAGAAUUUCACCCCAAAUGCUCUUGUGAAUUCCUUGAGUAAAAAGGGUGGGCUUGAAGAAACUAAGCACUCUAAGUCAAGCGCAUCAUCCGCUUCAAAGGGAACUUUCAGCACUGGUAUCCAUCCAGAAAAAGAGCCUCUUCAAAGGGCUGGUAUUGAUGCUAAAGUUGUGUUAGAUAGUCGAGAGGAUAUUGAAAAGAACUCGAGUUCAAAGGCCCUUUUUACUGGUUUACAUGAGCAGGAAGAAGUCUUUACCCCAGAUAAGGAGAAUUUCACCCCAAAAGCUUUUGUGAAUUCCUUGAGAAAGAAGGGUAGGAUUGUAGAAACUAAGAACUCUCAGUCACGUGCAUCAUCAUCUUCAAAGGUGACUUUCAGCCCUGGUAUCCCUCCAGAAAAAGAGCUUCUUCAAAGGGCUGGUAUUGGUGCUGAAGUUGAAUUAGAUAGUCAGGAGGAUACAGAAAAGAACUCAACUUCGAAGGCUCUUUUUACUGGUUUACAUGAGCAGGAAGAAAUCUUUACCCCGGAUAAGGAGAAUUUUACCCCAAAAACUCUUGUGAAUUCCUUCAGAAAGAAGGGUAGGAUUGAAGCAACUAAGCACUUUAAGUCAUGCUUAUCGUCCUCUUCAAAGGUGAUUUUAAGCCCUGGUCCAGAAAAAGACAUGACCGCUUGUCUAGACAAUGGAAACCCAACACAAAAAAUUUGUCAAGAACGGGAAUCAGCUAGACCAGCUUCAAUAAAUCGAGUGAGGUUGGACCAAGAGAUUGUGCCAAUAAGGAGAAUAUCAGAAAGGGUGCCCUUUCAACCUUUACUUGUGGACCCCACAGGAAAGAGUAAACCAGAUGCUUCAAUCCCUGAAACUGCUAUGAGAAGCUGCAAUUCUAAAUUUGAGCACACUAACAUCUCUUCUGACAACCCCACUGGAGAGGCCAGAAGAAGCUGGACCAUGAUAGUGGACUCUACUACUCUUCUAAACAAGGAGUCAAGGAAGUCAUUACAUCUUUUACAGGGUCUCAAAGGAACUCAUUUGAUAAUUCCAAGAACAGUCAUAAGGGAACUGGAUUGUCUUAAGCGGCGCUGUAGUCUAUUCAGAAGAACAACAGAGGCUCCUUCAGCAUUAGAAUGGAUUGAAGAAUGUAUGUUGAGAAAAACUUGGUGGAUUCAUGUGCAGAGCUCAUCGGAGGAGGGAAGUAUGAUUGCUCCUACCCCUCCCCUUUCCCCUCAAUCUUGUUACAGUGAUGGAAGGGUGCAUUUUUCUCAUGGCAUAGCAAACUCAAUGCUAUUUUCAAGCCAUGGGAGUUUGUCUGAAAUUGUUUCACCAACAGCAGAAGACCAUAUCCUGGACUGUGCUCUGCUAAUCAGGAAAACAAACACUAAGGGACGUCUUGUCCUUCUAAGUGACAAUGUCACUCUGAAAAUCAAAGCCAUGGCAGAGGGUUUAAUCUGUGAGACAGCGCCCCAAUUCCGUGAGAGCCUGGUUAACCCCUUUUCUGAGAGGUUCUUGUGGGCUGACAGCUCUCCCAGAGGGCGUACAUGGUCUUAUUUAGAUGAUAUGGUUUUAAGGGAACAGUAUUGUCGCUGCCCCUUCAAGAAGUCAGCAAAAGGAGAAAGUGCAAAGGGUCUGAAGCUUAUUCUGUACCACAACUCUCAAUAUGGGCGGAUCAGUUCAGUCAGCUAAAACAAUUUACUUUUUCUUUUCAGUUUUUCCUCAUCUUCUGCUUUCUCUGUUGAGAAAGAGGAGUGGGAGCUGUUCCGAAUUGGCCUGUUUUGCAGUAGCUGGUACCGAUUAUAAAAUUUUUUGAACAAGCGAUGAUCAAAAUUGAAAUUUAGCUUUUUUCAAGUC